GGUUGUCAGUAAGACAGCUUCAGCUCAGUCGAGCAAGUGUGCUGCUCUGCUUCUGCUCCUUCUUUUUCUAUCUCUUUUUUUGGGCUUUAACUCAUGGUGAGAAUGGAUCUUUGGAAACUUCUGGGACUUGUGAGCUUCUUCAUGCUUUGCAGAGGCCAAGAGAAAGAGUGUGACAACUUUUCCGACUUGGACUUUCACGAGACGUUCAUCGGGACCAACCUUUAUGUGCGUCUGCUCCUCUACACACGUGCCAACCUGGAGUGUGGUCAAGAGCUUCCACACCACAACUUUACCAAAGAGCCCCUGUUCGAUGUGAAAAGACCCACCACGUUCGUCAUACAUGGCUACCGGCCCACUGGUGCACCACCUAUCUGGAUCAAUCAUAUAGUACGGCUGCUGGCAGCACAGGCAGACAUGAACAUCCUAGUGGUCGACUGGAACCGGGGAGCUGCCAACCUCAACUACUUCACAGCUGUGACCAACACCCGACGCACUGCCAUCAACAUCACAGGCUUCAUUGAGAGGAUGAGGGAUAAGGGAGCAUCUCUUGACAAGAUCCACCUGAUAGGGGUCAGCCUGGGGGCACAUGUAGCUGGGUUUAUUGGAGCAAUGCUGGGAGGCAAAGUGGGCAGGAUCACAGGUCUCGACCCUGCGGGACCGAUGUUUGCAGGCGUCCCUAUAGAUGAGCGUCUGGACCCAACCGAUGCCCAGUUUGUAGAUGUCUUACACACAGACAUGAACUCCUUUGGUCUCAGAGGAACUCAUGGACAUAUUGACUUCUAUGCCAACGGUGGACUAGACCAGCCUGGCUGCCCCAAGACCAUCUUCUCAGGGAAAUCCUACUUUGUCUGUGACCACCAACGUGCUGUUUUCCUCUACCUGUGCGCCCUGAACCACACCUGUAACAUCACAGUUUACCCCUGCUCCUCAUACAGCGACUUCCUCAACGGCCAGUGUCUACAAUGUGAAGCAUUUAAGCCAGCCUCUUGUCCGGUCCUAGGCUAUGAUCUGAGCCCGUGGAAGGACACGCUCUUGAAACUGGGACAGACGAGAGCCUAUUUCUCCACCACAGCAGAUCCUCCUUACAAGAAGAUGAGCUACAGAGUUGACAUAGUGACCUGGAAUCAGUACUUGCGAUGGGGGGUGGUUGUCCUUCGGCUACACAGUGGAAAAAAUAUAACAGAGACCAGGAUUGACCAUAAGCUGAUGCGGUUUGAGCAGUACACCGCCACACGAAUGCUGGCCCAGUUUGACGAGGACUUGUAUCCAGUUCAGAAGAUAUCCUUGCGUAUCGUCACUGGGAACGUGAUAGGGCCUCGCUACAAGCUCCGCCUCAUCCGCAUUCGCAUUACCCCGCUUGACCAGCCAGACAGGCCGCUGAUGUGCAGAUAUGACACCAUUAUGGAGGAAAAUACAGAAGUGACUUUUAAGCCACUGCCGUGUGAUGAAUCUCAUCUAUAGGCUCACCAUGCAUGUUAUAAGCAUGUUAUAAACUGCAAAAUAGCCAAAGAAAGUCAAGAAAAGUCUUGUCUUUUGUGGUGGAAAAUAAUGACAGGAUGAAAGAAACUGCAGAGUCUCUGAGUCUUGAUCAGAAUGAGUAACAAGAUUUAUUGAGAAGACACGCGUAUGAAUACAGAGUGAUCUCCUCCCUUGCAAGAGUGCCACGCUCUCUUUAUACUUUAGAUCCUCCCAACCCUUACUAUCUUACUUCCCUAUUAUGGGCACAGUGCCACCAUUGUGACACGUCAACUUCUUCUGACAGGUGGUAUGACAUAAUCCCUUAGUGAGCAUAUCAGGCUGGUUCUCAAAACACCCUGGCUUUCAUUUCAAUAAACACCUUCCAUCACACUGUGACAAGAGAAAUGUGGAUGAGGCUACAAAGCACCUCUGAAUGAAUGGAAUGGAACCUUCAUGCUACUGGAAUGAGGGCCUCCAGACUACAAAAUGGACAAAUGACUGAGACUCUUAAUGCCCUAUAUGUGCCUUUACACAGAGACAUUCUCUGCAGUUUGGAGAGGGAGUCAGCAGUCAGAAACGAGACAAAGAUCUGCUUGCUGCAGAUAUUCUCAAAAAAAACGGACAGAUGCGGAUUAUAGUGCACUUUCCAGGCAACCGAUGGACCUGAAGCCUUUUUUUAAUGCUUGAAUGAGGAAGCUAUACUGGAACCACCUGGUUUACUCCUCAAGUUUAUUUAACAAAUCACAAUACGUGAUAAGUGUCAAAAUGUCAAAACUAAUAUUUUGUGUCUCUGGAUUACAUA